CCAGGAGUGAGAGAGAGAGAGAGAGAGAGAGAGACUCUGCUCUAAUGGGAUACGCAUGAACGGGAUGGAAAAGUUUUCUGGCUGAGAAGUUGGAAAACGUGAGAGCAGAGACUCAGAAGUAAAACUUUUAAAGAGAGCGUUGCAGAAGAGCAUCAGGACCCUGAGAGCCUGCUGCUUACACGAGCUUUAUGUGGCACACUGGGGGAAAUGGACAUAAAUAAAAGUGGCCUAUGGUGGAAUUUGGCAUCUCAGGGAAGGAAACCCGCCCUUUGGAGAAAGUGAUCCUGGAUGUUGUCGGACCUCGCGCGCUGGAUUUACAUUUUCAGUCCAAGUAUCCAAAGACUGUGCGUUUAAUUCUGUAUUCCUUUGUAAAUCAAAAGACCAAAGUGGAUGUAAACAAACAAACAAACAAAUAAACAAGCAAAACCAAACAAGUGGAAAGCAUAGCAAUGAAUUAUUAUCAGCUGUGAAAGCAGGAUCUGAGACAUGCUGGACUUCUCCCGAGCUGAUAAGUGUUGAAAAAACAAGCCGAAAGAGUGCAAAUGUCCUCGUGCGGCAGCUCGUCCCCUCCGUCCUUCCCGAGACCGUUUCCCGUCCCCGCGCAUCCCGCCGCCCCGCUCGCGCCCUCGCCCUCGCCCUCCGCGAGCCCCCCCGCCACGCUCUGUGGCCGCCUGUCUAACGGCAGCGCGAGCGCCCCGAGCCCGACCCACUCCCGCGAGUCCUUCCACGGCGUGUCCUUCCUGCUGCAGAUCGGCCUCACCAGGGAAACGGUGAACCUGGACCCCGCAGAUGUGUCCCUGUCGGCGGUCAAAGAGCUCGUGUGCUCCAUCGUGGACCAGAAGUUUCCAGAAUGUGGAUUUUUUGGCAUGUAUGACAAGAUCAUGCUCUUCCGGCAUGACCUGAACUCGGAGAACAUCCUGCAGCGGCUCACCUCCGCUGACGACAUCCAUGAGGGAGAUCUAAUUGAGGUGGUGCUCUCAGCUCUUGCCACCGUUGAGGACUUCCAGAUCCGUCCUCAUGCUCUGUAUGUGCACUCCUACAAAGCCCCGGCGUUCUGCGAUGACUGCGGCGAGAUGCUGUGGGGUCUCGUGCGUCAGGGUCUCAAGUGUGAAGGAUGUGGGCUUAAUUACCACAAGCGCUGCGCCUUUAAGAUCCCCAACAACUGCAGCGGAGUGCGAAAGAGACGCCUGUCCAAUGUGUCCCUGCCUGGACCCUCUCUGUCUGUCCCUCGUCCUGUGGCUACUGAGAGCGUGGCCACGUCAUCCGAGGAGCAGAGGCCACUGUUGGAGACAGGCAAACGGAUCCCAUCGUGGAGCGGCCGGCCCAUCUGGAUGGAAAAGAUGGUGUUGGGCCGAGUCAAAGUGCCACACACCUUCAACGUGCACACAUACACACGACCCACCAUCUGCCAAUACUGCAAACGGCUGCUCAAGGGCCUGUUCCGCCAGGGCAUGCAGUGCAAGGAUUGCAAAUUCAACUGUCAUAAAAGAUGUGCAUCGAAAGUGCCGAGAGACUGCCUGGGUGAGGUCGUGUUUAACGGAGAACCAGCCAGCCCAGGGAUCGACUCUGAGGUCACGAUGGAGGUGGACAGCAGUGAUGUGAACAGCGAGAGCAGCCGAGGCAUGGACGACCCUGAGGAGUCGAUCACUCCAGAGGACAUGGACGCUCCCUUCAUGGAUGGAGAAAAGGACGAGGAAACGAUGAAAACUAUCAGUCCAUCCACCAGCAGUAACAUCCCGCUGAUGCGUGUGGUUCAGUCCAUUAAACACACCAAGAGACGCAGCUCCACCUUAGUGAAGGAGGGCUGGAUGGUGCACUACACCAGCCGAGACAACCUGAGAAAGAGACAUUAUUGGAGGCUGGACAGCAAAAGUCUGACCCUUUUCCAGAAUGACUCUGGAGCCAAAUACUACAAGGAGAUCCCACUGUCAGAGAUCCUGCAGGUGGAACUGGCGCGGGACUUCAGUAGCCUGGCGCAGGGAGGAAAUCCGCACUGCUUUGAGAUCAUCACAGACAACAUGGUGUAUUACGUAGGGGAGAACACGGGCAUGCAGCACACCAGCGCCACACUCGCAGCGUCUGGAGUCGGUCUGGAGGUAGCACAUGCCUGGGAGAAGGCCAUCCGUCAGGCUCUGAUGCCCGUCACCCCUCAGCCCAGUGUGUGUAGCAGCCACGGUCAGGGAAAAGACCAUAAAGAAUUGUCCAUCAGCAUCUCAGUAUCCAACUCACAGAUUACAGAAAAUGUGGAUAUCAGCUCUGUCUACCAGAUCUUCGCUGACGAAGUCCUGGGAUCGGGACAGUUCGGGAUUGUGUACGGAGGCAAGCACAGAAAAACAAAACGAGACGUCGCCAUUAAGGUCAUAGACAAGAUGCGUUUCCCCACCAAGCAGGAGAGCCAGCUGCGGAAUGAAGUAGCCAUUUUACAGAAUCUGCACCACCCAGGCAUCGUAAACCUUGAGUGCAUGUUUGAGACUCCUGAGCGGGUGUUUGUUGUCAUGGAGAAGCUCCAUGGAGAUAUGCUGGAGAUGAUCUUGUCCAGUGAAAAGAGUCGACUUCCAGAACGGCUCACUAAAUUCCUAGUGACUCAGAUUUUGGUGGCUCUGAGACACCUCCAUUUUAAGAACAUUGUACAUUGUGAUUUGAAGCCUGAGAAUGUGCUUCUGGCAUCGGCAGAGCCUUUUCCACAGGUGAAGCUGUGUGACUUCGGCUUCGCCCGCAUCAUCGGAGAGAAGUCGUUUAGGCGCUCAGUAGUGGGCACACCGGCGUACCUGGCUCCUGAGGUGCUGCGUAGUAAAGGCUACAACCGCUCUCUAGACAUGUGGUCAGUAGGUGUCAUCAUCUAUGUGAGUCUGAGUGGCACCUUCCCCUUUAACGAGGACGAGGACAUUAAUGACCAGAUCCAGAACGCUGCCUUCAUGUACCCGCCCAACCCCUGGAAGGAAAUCUCUUUAGAAGCAAUUGACUUAAUCAACAACCUGCUUCAAGUGAAGAUGAGGAAGCGCUUCAGUGUAGACAAGUCUCUCAGCCAUCCUUGGCUUCAGGACUAUCAGACGUGGUUGGAUCUGCGGGAGUUUGAGACGCGGCGAGGCGAGCGCUACAUCACCCAUGAGAGUGACGACGCACGCUGGGAGGAAUACGCCGAUGAAAGAAACCUUCCCUAUCCCAAGCACUUCAUCAUGGCUCCCAACUUGGAGGACAUGGAGGAGGACCCCUAGAGGCCAGGACGACUUAGUACACCUGCUUCUGAAUGUCAGUGGGGCUCUUUAAAACCUUUUCUAUUGGUGAUCUGCUCACUCAGCCAAGUGUAGAGACUGGCAGGUUUAAAUAGAGGGAUUCUAAAUGAUCUGCCUGAUGAAGCGCACUUAGAGUGGACAGGCAGUGAUUAGGAACGUAGCAUCUGUGAAGAGUAACUCUGGAUCUGCGCACAAGGACAUGGCGCACGCUUUCAGGUUGUUGUCUUUUCAUAACAUUCCAGAAACGUGACUUGACGUUUGCAUGCCCUCUGUCUUUUCACUCACUGCAUUUUCAGCAAUCAAGCUUUUUGGAAUGAACUGUUACAACCAAUUGCACUGCCAUUCCGCCCACCUCAGGCACUAUGAAGAUGGGGUGGGAAUGAAAACAUAACUGGUGGACAUGGGAACUCUGUAGCCUCCGAAGCGAUAUUUUUCUACUUUCACUGAGUCACACAGCUUGGAGCAUUUAGGCAUUUUACACCAUAAUAUUUUAAUAAGUUAGGUCUUUUUUUGCAGAUAAAGUGAUUCUAAACUGGAACACAAAGCUUGUUUAUGCAGUCUGGUGGAAUGAAGAGAAUGUGAAUAAUGAAGACAUUGCAAAUAACCAGAGAUCUGUGAGGUGUCAAUGGAGCUAAAGAUAUGACUUCAUGAGUAUCUCUAUUUCCAUCCCAAGUCUUUAAACUGAAAUCCGUGGAUUCAGUGUUUCUUAUUGAUACAAAUGUGAACGUUUUGUGGCUUAUUAUGUUACUGAUGUCUCCUGGAAUACACUGUGUGUCAAGAGCAAGUUCUAAAAUCUAAGUCUGUGGCUGGCAUUUCAGAAAUAAAAGCUAUGAAAGAAUAAGCAAAUGAAGAUAAUUAGCCUGAGAAUCAGCCACGUUAAACACUAUUGGUUUAAAAUGAUAUCAGAUGGUGUAUGAACUGAAAAGUCAUAAAUACUGAGAACUUGUGGGACAAAAAUUGCGGCUAUUUUUUAUUAGUUGUUUUUAAGACUUUCAUCCUUAUUUUUUUCAUUAUGUAAUUUCUAAAAUGUCGCUAACUCUCACGAACUGAACCUUUUGCCUAACACUGUUCCUCACAUCAGCCUCACUAUGAAAUGAGAUGCUCUGAAAUGCUUGCGAUUUUUUUUUAUUUUAUUAUUUUUACAAUUUUAUUUCACUCCAGAAUUAGGAAUUUACACAUUUGGAUUUUAAAAUAGUUAUCUAUUGACAGAAAGACACACCAGCUCUCCUGGUAAGCUGUGUUUGGACAAUUUCAGGUUUUCUUUCUUUAUUUCUAACUCAAGCAUGUGACCUUAAGCAUGAGGUUAAGCAGGACUUUCCCCCAGCUUCUGCAUUCAAUUUUGCCAGUUCCCGAAAUCAGAAGGAAAACUGUGGCUGCAGUGUUGCUCUGUGCAUAUUUGGCAAUUUAAAGUCACCCUAAACUUGAUAAAAUAAUUUAUUAUUAAUUCCUGUUAGAGGAAUUAAUUUAAGUCUGCGGAAUUAAUAAAAACUACUUAAUGAAGACGUGAAAGGAGUGUUCUUGCAUCAUAAAAUGUAAGAACCAAUCAGGUUCCAGUAUGCAAAUACAGGCAAUGUAACACUGGCACAUGAUUCAGACUGCUGCUUCUGUACCUCUUUCUGGUAUCAAAUGACUUUUUGGAAGACAUGAAGCAAUUUAUUAUUCAAUAUACAAAAAGUUAUGUUCAUAACCAGGUUUUGGGUUUCUUUAACAAUUGUGUUUGGGGUUUGCUUGCAUGGAGGUUUUCCACGUAAGCAAAUGUUAAUCAUGAGGAAUAGCCUGAUGUGUAAAGUAGCAGUUUGGCCAUAAAUUAAAAAAAAAUAAAAAAUAAAAAUAAAAUGUCCACACUUCUACCACAAAUAUAGUCAAUCAGCUAGCACAUGUUUGGUGUUUGCCUUAAAACACUACUGUUUGGCUCAGUGAUAGAUUUUUUUUUUUUUUUUUUUUUACAAGAAAUUAACUACAAAAUGUCAGAAUAAUUGUUUUUCUUUACCUAAAAAAAUAAAUAUGCAAAAAAAAGUGGAACUAUAUUAUCAUCUGAUUUUACGUGUAACAUUCAAUUCCACCUUCAAACUGAGCCAAACCUCUUAACCGAUGUUUAUCUGGAGCGACAGCAUGUGCUAUGUGAUGAGAAGCUCUGCGACAUUCAUUUGUUCAUUUUUAUAGGUAACAGUGUGUCAUACAGUAUCAGAGUCCACAUAAGCAAAUCUGUUGCGGAUAGUAACAACUCAACAUGGUUUGGGGUGACAUGAGGAUUUGGACAGGCAACUUAGUUGGUACAAUGCUAAACUGGUAACCAUCAUCUUUAAAAAAAAAAAAAAAAAAAACCCUGUUAGCAACAUUAAAAGAGAAGCAAACAACAAUUCCAAACCAUGCAGCUAGGGGAAAUUGCGUAGAUGUCAUUUUUUGACCAUUUUAAUAUUUUAAGCCUAUUUCUUAAGCCAUUUGAUUGGAUUUUUACAGAAAUGGUGGGAUUUCAUCAGCAAGUCUCUGAAUGCUUUGAAUGAUGGGAAUUGUGGAGGACAUGCACCAGUGUUUUAGAAACAAAAACAAGAUUGCUGUGUUUGUCUUUCUGUAUUGAUAACGGUUUCAUUCAGAGUGUCCUUCUGUGUAGCCAAUUCACUUUGCGUGCUGUUGUUACAUAUUUCUGUUGUUUGGGAUUGAAAUGGGAGCCAUUGCUGGUGAAGCAAAAUUCAUCAGGGAUCACAGUAGAACAGGCAUUAUAAAAUAUGCCUUGGAUAAUUCACUCGGGGAAAAUGAGUAGGUUUGGGAGAAUCCUAUAUUUUCGUAUGUCAGUCCUAUGUGAUAUGCUGGAGAGAGAUGAAGUGGGGACUUAAAGAAAGGCCGCCAUAUUUUUACAGCAUGUAACAUUAAUGACAUGAUCCUGAGAAUCUUUGUUAGUCCAUGUUGCCACUGGACUGGCAGCAAUCAUUGUUUUGUAUAUUUUUAAUAUUCACAUAUCUAAUAAAAUCUUUCUUCUGUACAA